AUUGUGUUUUCAACAGUGACUGUGUAAAGUAAAAUUGUGAAGGAAAAAUGGCUCGUACUAAGCAGACAGCUCGUAAAUCGACCGGAGGCAAGGCGCCUCGCAAGCAGCUGGCUACCAAGGCGGCACGUAAGAGUGCUCCAGCCACCGGUGGUGUGAAGAAGCCUCAUCGUUCGCCCGGAACUGUGGCCCUUCGUGAAAUCCGUCGGUAUCAGAAGAGCACUGAGUUGCUCAUUCGCAACCCGUUCCAGCGUUUAGUACGUGAAAUUGCUCAGGACUUUAAGACCGAUCUACGUUUCCAAAGCUCUGCUGUAAUGGCUUUGCAGGAAGCUAGUGAAGCCUACCUGGUUGGCCUCUUCGAAGACACAAACUUGUGUGCUAUCCAUGCCAAGCGUGUCACUAUUAUGCCCAAGGACAUCCAAUUGGCCAGACGUAUUCGUGGCGAGCGCGCUUAAGUUGAGCUUUGCUUAAG